UGCGUCGGCUUGUUAGGCUGUCGAGAUAGACCAACAGCACCGCUGAGAGUGCUGACAUCAGAAAUCUUGAAGCUUCUUUCCUUCUUGAAUUGAUAUUCUUUCUUUCCAGACCCAUUCUCUCUGUUCCAAGAUCAAGCCUCAUACAUAUCAAGAUUCUCUGUGUUCAAGUUGGGUUUUAAGUUCAAGAAGAAGAAGAAAGUGAUGGGGGUGGAUUACUACAAGAUAUUGCAGGUGGAUAGGAAUGCAAAAGAUGAGGAUUUGAAGAAAGCUUACAGAAAGCUGGCUAUGAAGUGGCACCCUGAUAAGAACCCUAACAACAAGAAAGAAGCUGAGGCCAAAUUCAAGCAGAUCUCUGAAGCUUACGAUGUUUUAAGUGACUCGCAGAAGAGGGCAGUCUAUGAUCAAUAUGGCGAAGAAGGGCUUAAAGGACAAGCACCACCACCAGAUGCCGGUGGGACAACAUACUUCCAUCCAGGGGACACACCAUUUAGAUUCAACACCAGAAAUCCCAAUGAUAUUUUCGCUGAAAUUUUUGGUGGCUCGAGUCCAUUUGGUGGUGGAAUGGGAGGUGGUAGCCGCAUGAGAGGUAGUUCGAGAUUCUCUAGUUCAUUGUUUGGGGAUGAUAUCUUUAGUUCGUUUGGGGAUAGCAGACCAAUGAGUUCAGGGCCCCGGAAAGCACCGCCAAUUGAAAGAAAGUUGCCUUGUAGCCUAGAGGAUCUCUACAAGGGAACCACCAAAAAGAUGAAAAUCUCGAGGGAGAUAGCUGAUGCAAGUGGGGCAACAAUGGUGGUAGAAGAGAUUUUAACCAUCACAAUCAAACCCGGUUGGAAGAAGGGAACAAAAAUCACAUUCCCAGAGAAAGGGAACGAGGAGCCAAAUGUCAUUCCUGCAGAUCUUGUAUUCAUAAUUGACGAGAAACCACAUAGCACGUUUACAAGAGAAGGCAAUGAUCUCAUCGUCGUACAGAAAGUAUCGCUCGCUGAAGCAUUAGCAGGCUAUACAGUCCAUUUGACGACGCUGGAUGGAAGAAACUUGACAGUGCCUAUCAACAGCGUCAUAAACCCGAAUUAUGAAGAGGUGGUGGCGAGAGAAGGGAUGCCGAUACCUAAAGAGCCCUCAAAGAGAGGCAAUUUGAGGAUCAAGUUCACCAUCAAAUUCCCAACUAGAUUGACAUCGGAUCAGAAGGCUGGAGUGAAGAAAUUGCUUGCUUCCUGAGAAGAUAACUGUCUCUUCCCCCUGUUUCACUUCCCCCCUCUGAUGCUUUCAAGUUCCAUUAUAUGCACUUGCCCUUGCAAAAUUUGCUUGCAAUCUGUAUGGAAUUAUAUCAAUGGAGAAUUUUAGAUUUCAAUCAAAGAUUAUAUAGCUAAUAUCUGUACAGUUUAUAUA